AUGCGCCCGCAAGCUCCGGCAAGACAAAUUAGGAUACGAAAGCUUGCGAAACACACGCAACAACCAGUUCUACGAGAGGAUCAAUUCGAAUCUACUGAGUACUGCUCUCUACAAAACCAGUAUGUUGUCGAAACUGGUGUAGAGAAAAGUGAAGAAAAGGAGUAUCAUUUACAGGCAGCAUUAGCAGCUACCUCUGGCGCUAGUGAUAAGGAUGCGGAGAAAGAAAUCCCAGCGCCCCCAGCCCAAGAGAGUAGCAACAUUGACUACGAUGGUUUAUACUCACUGACAUUUGAGAAACCCGCCACCUAUAUUCGCUUCUCUCAAACUGUAGAAGACUGUACAGGGUCCCAAUAUAACAUGACUACCGAGGACGAUAUCUUCCUCACAGCUUAUAACCAAGAUAAAUCAGUUAAGUGCUCGGAAGAUGAUUUUGAGAAAAUCAUGGAAAUAUUUGAAGAAUCUUCAGAAAUCCAAGCUCCACAUGGGUUUGUAGACGGAUUUGUGGUAUCAUUCGAAAACAUGAAUGUCUCUCUCCAACAACAAGUGGAUGGUAGGAUUUCAAUAUUUGCCAAAGAUGUCUAUGAGCAUUGGAAGAUUCGUAAGCAUGAAAAUGGGAAUUAUCCUCUCCAACCGACUUUAAAGUUUGAAAGGAAUCAGGAAAAAGACGAUGGUGAUCCUUAUGUAUGUUUUCGCCGGCGUGACGCGAGGCAGACAAGAAAAACUCGAGCUCGAGACUUGCAAAGUACAGACAAGCUUAGAAAAUUAAGGAAAGAGUUAGAGGAUGGUCGGAAUCUGAUAGAGAUGGCGUAUCGCCGAGAAUUAUUAAAGCGCGACUUACUUGAUGUCGAAAGUGGUGUCUUUGAAAAGCGUCUUAAGGUUAAAGAAGCGAAAGUUCAAUUAGGCGUUAAAGGUGAUGACCAAGAUUUGGUUAACGAGAGGCCAAUGCGACGCAGGGAUCAAAGUGCCCUGCGCAAUCCUAGCGGCCCGACGCAACUUCGUUUAGGUAGAUCAGAAGGUCGGCCUGUUGAAGCCGAUCUUAUACAACUCAGUGACGAACAAGAGAAAAAAGUGAACAGGCUUCGGGCAGAGAUAGAAGAGAAGGCUAAACUGCACCGCAGUUGGAAUCAAUCUCAUGUUGAUCUAACUAGAGAACCUUUGUCGCCUUUACCUGGACAGGGUUCGGAGGCUGGGUUCCGCACUGUGACAGCCCAGUAUCAGCUGAUGACACCCCCAUCAUCUGUGAUUCUUGAACCCUUCGACCGAGGAUCUCCGUCCAGAGAAGACGAGGAUAAGAAUGAGUCAUUUAACUUCAAUGUUAGUUCACCACUUGGAGCUGAUGAGGAACAUUGGCAUCCCGCAUACCGCAGAAGGAUUGGACGUGGUGGCCGCCUUUGGAUCGAUCGUAGAGGUAUCUCAUCUCCUGUUAUAACCACUAAUCCAGUGAUACUGGACCGUUGGAAAUACGACCGUGAAGAUGAUGACGAACAACUCAUCUAUGAUAUGGAUCCGUAUUCAACAUCCUCAAUGAAGUUUCGGGCUACUAUUCCUUUUCCGACUUAUCUUUUUUCCCAGCGAGCUCGGCUUGAAGACCGGAAAUCGACGCAUGGAAAGUCUGCAGGUGUCAACCAGGCACAAAACCGCACCAACACAGAAAGUUUGCCUAAAAUCACUCAACCACAGGCUAAAUAA